AUGGACAUGCAACACCGCGACCAAGGUCGCCAGCAAACUGACAGAAGGCCCCCAUUGGAGGAACCUGAAGAAGUCGCCAGCAGCGACCCUUUCCUCGUUAGUUUCUGCAAUAUUUUACAGUUAAAAAAGACUCUUAAUCAUGUAAAUUCGAUGUUUCAAUGGAAAAAAAUGCAGAAAUAUUGAUAUAGAACCUCAAAACACAUGUUUUUUCUCGAAAAUAUGGGGUACAAAAAAACUCCUAAUUGUGUCAAAUCGAUUUAUUAAUGUAGAAAAUGCAGAAAGAUUGAUAUAGGACCUCAAAAUACAAGUUUUUUCUCCAAAAAAAUGGUUUUCGCAUACAGUUCAAGCCUCUAGAAUUUUGGCCAAAUUUUCUACGAUUAAAUUGAAGAAAAUUUAUCAAUCACCAACUUUCACAAUUUCCACGUCGAACUCUGCUUUUCCUGAAAAAUUUAGAGAAAAAUAUUCAAGAGGCCACUUGGAAUUAUUGAACAUCUCAAAGCAAUCUUAUGAAAAAUCAUUAUUUCAACUUUAUCAAACUAACUUAUCACAGAGAAAAUUAAGACAUUCACUUUAAUAAAUUACACAAAAUUCUUUCAAUCAAUUCGAGAAUGAAAAACUUUCCUCAAUUUCGCAUUAAGGCCAACAUUUUGAAGUUGUAUAGGUGAUUCACGGCUUGCUUGAGCCAUCGGAAAGAGAGUCCUGACACGAUAAUAAAUGAGACAGUGUCUGGCUGAUGGAGAGCGCAGACAGGCCAAGCCCCUUAGCGUCCCAAGUUAGCCGUGAACCGACUAUAGCUUAUAAUGAUAAUAUUUAUUUACAGGCAGAGCAAAAUGACAUUUACGAGAAUUUUGAAAGAAUAAUUGGCAAUGAAGCCUGAAAAAAUAAAUAAAAGCGAUAGAGCUUUAUUUGAUUCAUAUGAGUAAUUUCAGAUGAUUAUGAUUCUCGGUUUUUCUGUAAAUGUCUUUUAUUUGGAAGAUAAAAGGUUGAAAUUGCUGAAGAAUUUCUGAAAUGUUCUUGAUGCUAUAUUUAAAAAAAGUUGAUGUAGCUAGAAUCGUGAUUUCUCAAAAACCUCAAAGAAUAGGGGCAGGAUAUUAUCCCUACAUAGGCAAAGUUGGAAAGGUGGAAAAGGCUCCAUAGAAAUGUUCCUUUUUGGGCUACUUUUUGCUGCCUUUUUGAGCCAUUUCAUCGGCUAUUAUGCACCAUUUUUGUUGCCUUUUUCUUUCCCAUCACUUCUUGAGCCUUUAAAAUCCUAGAAACAAUGGAAGACUCGAAAAAGGACUCUUUUUGCUGUCUUUCUUGGGCCUUUUUGGGGCGUUUUUGAGCCUUUCCUUUUAAGCGACCAUUAUCCACCUUCUGACUUUGCCCGAGUAGAAUAUGAUCAAAUUCAAAAGUCCAACUGAAAACUAAACUAAUUUGCUUUUACAGUGGCCGCCAUGCCACAGCAUAGCACUGAGGCCAGAAGUCGCUGAAGGCGUAAGUUUCUUUUUGAUUGUGUUUCAAUAUUUCUUAAAAACUAAUUUGAGCUGAUCCUGGGUUUUUGGGAACCAGCGCUCAAAAAAUUCUAAUAUUUUCGUCCGAAGAAAACUUUGGAUGCACUUGAAUAGUAGUCCAAUCACUCUAUGUUUGAAUGGAAUACUUAAUUUUUAAGAAUCAUAGAACUUUUGAGUAUUCUUAAAUAAGGAUGAAGAGACCAUCGUAUUGGAAUAUCUAACAUGGUUUCCUUUCAGACAAGGGACUUCUUGCGAACAAACCGGCACGCAAGGCCCGGCGUCGGCAGACUGUACCACGCCAGCAUCUGGACGGACCAGUUCGGAACGGAGGUGAGUUCUUUGAUCCGCCUUUUUUCUAUCUAGUAUGACCUCACUGAUUAGUAGUGCUUCCAACCCCUUGAGAUAUAUAGUCUCUUCAGAUUUUGAAUGUCAAGCUCCGCCCCUAACGGUGCGAUAAACCAAUCAGAAAGCGAGCCAUCCACAGAGUUUUUUUGAAUGACGUCAUUCCACUUGACAUUCAAAAUCUGAACAGACUAUAGUCCGUUUUUCGGGACUGGGGCGGGUUUUCUCUAGCCCUCCUUAUCUCUCAACUCUCUUGUUUUCCAUGUUUCUCUGACCGGUGAGGGAACAGAGAGACGCAGACACGUGAAAAAAAUUUCCAAGUCGCGACGGAAGGACUAUAUGUAUAAAUUUGUCUACAAAAAAAGUUAUAGACAUUUUUUUGAAGAGAAAAAAAGCUCGAGUUAUCUUUAAAUUUAGCCUAAACUUCUCGAAAAUCUUUGAAGUCUUAUACUCCGAAAAAAACGAAAAAAAGAGAAGGAUUUUGAAUCAUUCGAUAUUUUAUCAACCACUAAGAGCCCUGAAAAUCUCACAAAACGGAGUUUGAAAAUGAGAAAAUUUAUUUUUACAGCACGUCGAACUGACUCUGUUCGUUCCGACCGAACAAGAUGUCGCGGUUCGUUUUUUUUAUUGAUUCUAAAGACUCAAGAAAUGGUGGAAAAGGUAGAGGCAGCAAAAAUAGUGCAUAAGAGCCGAGGAAAUGGCGCAAAAGGCAGCAAAAAAGGGGCCUUUGUGACCCUCAAAGGAAUUUUUCUAUGGAGCUUUUUUCCACCUUUUCCGACUUUGCCUAUGAUUGAUUGAAAUGUAUAAAAAAAGUUUUUUUGAGGAAUAAAAACUAAAAAAAUUUAAUUUUGAGACAGUUUCUGCGAUUUUUUUCUUUCACAAAAAUACAUUUUAGGCAAAAAAAGAAAGACACGGCUUUUAUUAUAUAAGCUUUUUUUAUAAGUCGUGUCCUUCUUCUAUAUAAGCUUAACCUGAUGGAGUUCUGGUUUUUCCAACUUGUUAAUAGUUUCAAAAAAUGAUCUCUGAAUCUGUACUUGCAUGAACAUAUUAUUUCAGUCGAUCCGGGAAGAGGCGCUUGAAGUUGAAGCCAAAAGGAGAGAGCCGGCGCCGCCAAGGCCUCAAAACCGCAGGCCCUGCGAAUUCGCCAGAGUUCGUUUUUCAGUAUUUUCAAGCUCAAUAUAUUCUUAUUCAUGCUUCAUCAAAACUUUGGAUGAGAGAAAUAAAGCUGAACGCUUCAAAGUUUGAAGUGAACAUGAAAAAGUCUGACGUUUUUUUAAAAUCGAUUCAGCAUCGAAAAAGAUAUUUUUUUUCGACUCUAAAAACUAAAAAAAUUUAAAAAAAUAGUUAAUCUCAACUUUGAACAGCGUCUCACUACAUGAAAAAAAAGACUGUUUCCAAAAAAUUUUUUUGUAAUAAAAAAAUUGGAAGUUAUUCUAAUUUUUACGAAAGAAAUUCACAAAAAUUUGGGCUCACUAUGUUCCUAAUGAAACAAAUAAGACAGUGGGCGCAUUAAAAUUUUGAUUUUUCUGGUCGAGGCAAAAAAACUGAUGGCUACUGUAUCGUUUUUUAAUAUCAUAUUACAGUUUAUGGACGUCGCCGGUCCUGAACAAGCCGUAGUAAGGCUGGAAAGAAGAGAAGAAGAAAGAGAGGACGACGAAGAUGAGGAAGAGGUCAGUACAUAAAGAAUUAUAUAUAUUGAAAAUAAUCACACUUCUGAGUUUCCUGUUUUGAGAUUUUUCUGAUUAUUCCUUUUCGAAUGUCCGAAAUCAAGAAAUUGAACUCGAAACAGCUCCUAUGGUACAGUAAAAUACAGCUUUUCAGGCUCCCUCCACUUCAAGAAAACGCAAAGCCGAGGAAGACCUCUCGGUCCAGUCUCCAAAGGUUAGUUUGAAAAAUAUAAAGAAAAAAAAUAAAUAUUUUCUAUACGGUUCAUUUUCCGAAAAACACUUACAUUGUCAGAAUAAUCAAUUUGCAAGCCUAAGCUUUCAAAAAAAGUGUCCACUUUAUCAGAAAUAAACUCACGUGAAUAAUUUUUUUCAUCAAGAGAAAAAGAUUAUUCUUUGAUUGAAUGCUCAUUUAAAGGCAUAGGGGCAGUAAAAAAUGGGGUUUCAGGUGAAAGCAGUAUCUUAUACAGUUUUUCUUUGCGAAUCGAAUGGUGUACUCAAAAAAAUUAUAGAUGUGACAACUUUAGAAGAAAAACGCGAUUUUACUUUCCCGCCUUUAUUUUUUGAAAAAAGCUUUGGAUCGGUAUACAGACAAAUGUUUACAGUAGCCGUGCACGCGAUGUUGCGGACGUCUCAUUAGACUCGCAUUUUGUGAGAAAUAACCGGCUCUCUGCUUCAAAUUAAGGGUUUCUUUUCUGAAAAAAGGUUUAGUCAAACAAAAAACACACACCGAUAAUAAAGGAAACACAAAAUAACGCUAUCGCAAUCGAAACCGAUGUAAAAUCAUCAUUUUUCACCAGAAAAGCAUUUUUGCGAUCAAAGUUUGCAAAUUAUACAUGAAUAGAAUGCUUUUGUGACGAAAAUAACUUUGGUGACAACAGGAAAAAUUGAAAUUUGAAAGAAACGAAGAAAAAAGCGAAAAUCCGGAAGAUGGGAAAGCCUGUUGUCCAUAGAGCAACUUUACUGCAAAGUGCCCUUUUUGCGGGAACUCAAACUUUCCUCUCUCCGACUUUGAAUUAUUUUUUCUCCAGAAGUAGGAAGUUCGGUACGUUUUCAAGUUUACCGUUCGAUUCGCAAUGAAAAACUCUACAAAUUACUGCUUUGAACUGAAACACCGUUUUUUACUGCCCCUAUGCCUUUAACUAUCUAGAAACAACGAAAGCUGAGGGAAAUCUUAAAAUUUGACCUUGUCCAUAGAUUUUCUUCUCAUAGAGCUCUUUUUAUAUGGCUUCAAAAAAACAUGAACUAAGAAGGAAAAGGUGAAAAUAUUGGUUUGAAAAAAAAUUGACAUGUGAAAAAACGAAACAGAGCCUUCUCGUGCUGUUUAGAACCAUUGGAAUCGAAAUUUCACCAGAAUAGUUUUUCGAAUUAUUUUUCCGAAGCGUUUCGAAGGUACUUAUAUUGUCGAAAUAUCAUUUUCAUCAGAUUCCAAAAGUUUAUCAGAACUAACAUGAGAUAUUUCACAACCAGGAGAAAAUUAUCAGUCUCUUUAGAAUAGGAAAAAGCUGCGCAAUCAUUAAAAUUUGAACUUUUCCCGUUUUAAGACAAUACGGAGAUGCUUUUUUCAUUCGAAAAUGUGGAUUUCGCGCAGUUUUUUUCUUCAAAGAUAUUAUAAAUAAAUUAAUUAGGGCUGUGCGUGAGUCGGUCUUUAUGCGCGCAUUGAUCCAGGAGCUUUUUUAAGAUCUCAUUUUAAAAUUUACAUGAAACUUUGAGUUUCGAUCCCUAAUUGUUGAAAUUUCGAGACAAAAAGUGAAAAACUGAAAAAUUUUCGACCUCUUGGCGGCCGCGUUGCAACGCUAUGGCAAAUCCAGCGCACAGCUCUAAAGUUAACUACCUUAGAAACUUGUGAAUUUCAGAAGACAUUGUUGGGUCCGCAAGGAACAACGGAGAAGAGGCCCGCGGGCGAAGAAUUGGAAGGCCCAGUGCCAAAAUGGCGCUGUGUGGAUCCAGCGAACGUUGGUUUUUUUUUCUUUCAAAAAAUAUUGUUAGUCUAGUUUUUAAUUUUUCCAAGAAAUCCAAGAAUAAAGCAGUGGAGAAUUGAUUGUUGCAUUUUAUGAUUUUUCUCACUAAGGAAGCUCUAACUUAGGGAAUAUUAAACUAGUUUAAAUAUAGUGGAUUAAAAAAAUAAAAAAACAAAGCCUGAAAUCAGUAAUUUGUUUAACUUGAUCAAUCUUUUCAAUCAGAAAUUUCUUAAAAUUUAAGAAAUUAUUGAAACAAAUAUUGAAUUGAAAUGAAGCCGCCAAAAAAAGUUAACAAAAAUUGAAUAAUAUUUUUCACUACUCAAUUUGAUUUUAUUUUAAAAAUUAUACAUUCGAAAAAUAGCAAAAAAAUCUAACUUUACGUAAGCGUAAUAACUUUUUCCAGAUCGCUCGAUUCAGCACAGUAUCAAAAAUUUUUGAAACCAAUCGAAUAUGGAUUUUCAACAUGUCUAGUAAACGAAUGAACAAAAAUUAGAGAAAUAAUAAGAGGAACUAACCUUUCAUUUAUCGUUUCUCCUUUUUUCGAUUUUCUCUAAGCUUUGUGCAAGUCCUGAAAAAUGAAGUGAAUGAAACAAAACAAAUGUGAAGAAUAAAAUACACUUUUUAAUAGGAAAAUUUGAAUCUUUCUAAUUUUUUGAGUAUGCGCCUACUUUACGUAACAUUGCGACCAAUACACGCGCAAAAAUGACAGACUCUAUGAAAUGAACUUUAAAGUGUGUUGAUUUAAAAUCAUCGGUAUUCAAUGAAAACCAGAAGAUUUUUGAUAUAUUUAGUUUUAACUUUAGCAUAAUUAUUUCAAAACUUGUUUUUUAAUUUUUUCUUCCAAAAUAUAUGAAUGGAAAAAAUUAUAAUUUUUGAUUUUCACCUACUGAAACGGAAAAAAACUCAUUGGAAUUCAACCUAUUGACUUGGAGAUGAUUGAGAAAAAGAGUGCAGAGUGUAGGAGAAGCUUGAAAAAAAGAGGGGAAAUUAUUUUUUCUCUUAGGAAUUUUUCAGAUCUCUCUUAACUAGUUAGAAAACUACGAAGCAGAUUGCUAUCCAUUUCUAAACGAAAUGAUUCAGGCCGCUGCCGAAGAAAGUGGGGCCGCAGAAGGCCGAACAACGGCGUCGGUAGAAGGAGGAGAAGGAGAAGAAGGAAAAGAUGGAGGGUCUCUCGAAGACCUUGAGCCGUGGGAGCUGGAGUUGCUGGAACUGGAGCGCUCCGAAGGCUCAGUAAGUCUUCUUCCUCUAGUCAUUUUACUUCAUAAAAACUCUCUAAAAAUAAUAAUUUGCUGGAAACUUGAAAAAAUCUGGUUAUUUGCUUUCUCUUUGUUUUCAUUCCUAGCCUUGGUGCUGACAAAAAAAAGUAAAGAGGUCAGAAUUUUUCCGAGCUCUUGAAUAAAUCAGUGCUCAAAAUAAAAGAUACAAAGCCGCCUGAAGACUUUUCACGCCUUUUUUGUUAGUGGAAGAAGCCGUGUUCAUAAUGAUUCCGCGAAAAUCAAAAUAGCCAUCAGGGAGUGAAAAAUAUAAACGAAAUUAGGAAGUUCACAGAUUAUUUUGAAUUUCGCGAAAAUUAUUUCUAACACCGCAUGUACGGGAGCGCCGCAGUGCAUGCACACAACACGUUAAAACUUACGAUAAAAAAUAUGGGCGGAGCGUCGUCGAAAAAAAAAACGGAGUGGUUUUACCUUGCAAAAAAGCGGUUUUCGCGAACCUGAUUGGACUUUUCAAAAAUGAUCGGUUUAGUUUCGGACGGACGACUUCUCCUCUUUGCUGGAGAGCCUCGGAGGGAGCGGCGGAGCUCCAAGGGAGGAUGGGGACGAGGACCCAGAAGUUUGUCUUUGAACUUUAUUCUCACUAAUAAUUUGGUUGCUUCAUUGAAAAAUUUCUUGAAAGUUCGAUAAAAAAAUUUCCAAAAAAACUAAGGUUUUCCUUGAGAGCAUUUAAAAAAAGGAACGACAGAAAUUUUGCUGAUCUAAAAAAAUAUUUAGACGGAUUUUUGUGGGCGGCGCCUUGGCCCCCAAAACGUUUCUGGAGUGGAUGAGGACGACGACAAUUCCUCAUCCAGUGCCUCGUCACCGGUGAUCUCAAUUCUCAUAUAACUGUAGUUUUUCUCUUACACGGGAAGUGCAAAAGGUCGAUGUAUUGGAAUUUGAUGAAACUUGGUUUUUUUCGGACAUCCUGAAUUCAUAAAAAGUUGCAAAAAAAGUGCGCCUUUUUGGUUCUAGUCGAGUUAUUAUACGCAAAAAAAAUGAAUUAGUUAGACGAAGGGAAUCUCAGCUGUCAGCAUUUGGCGUGGUGUAGUGGCUAGUAGUCUAGCGCUAUGAACCCUAUGACGCUGGCUCGGAUCCUUCUUAGUUGCAUUUAUUUUUUCCAAUUUUUUUCUCUGUUAGUUGUGAAAUUCACGGAUAACUUGGGACGCUGAGGGGGCGUGGCGUGUCUGCGCCCUCCAUCAAACAUACACUAUCUCUUUUAUUAUCGGGUCAGGACCCUUUUUUGAUGGUUCAAGCCAGCCGUGAAUCAACUAUAAGUGCUAUUAACUUCAAUAUAUGAUUCUUGAACCUUCUUUUCAUGAUCAAUUUUCUAGAAUUUUUGGAGAUUAGAUUAGAUAUAAUUUUUUCAAACGACCCAACCGAUACGCUACGAAUCAAAGAACGUUUAGAAAAAAUGAGAUUUUGAAGCCGUAGAUAUAAAAUUUCUCAAAUUUUAAGCUUUGCAGAUCUAAAUUUUUUCCAGUCGUUUGCUCUUUGACUAAUCAGAUUCUUUCAGGCCUCCCUGAGCGAUGAGCUCAAGGAACUCCAAGCUCUCUUCGAGCUUGAGGCGGCCCAAGAGUUCGACUUGUCGGUUAGUUUUAUUAUUCCUUUCAUUUUUCUUUUUUGAAAAAUAAUAAAAAAAUUCACUGAACUAUCACAGUCCUUUUUGAAAAAAACGUCAAAUUUCGAAAUUUUCAGUGAUUUCUCAAUCGCUAAAAAUUUAUUGAAAGGAACAAGAACCAGAUAACUUCAAAAAUAUCUAGAAAAAAACUCCAUGACUUGGCAAAAUUAAAAAAAUAACCUUGAAUUAAAAAAAUUGAUUCAGGACGAGGAUGAGUCUUCGGACUCCUUUUUUUCCUCUCCGACAAGCGGCUGGCCGCCUUCAGGAAGGCCUACGCCGAGAUGUAUCCGGCUGAGGUUAUUAUUCUGAUUUUUUUCUUCCAUUUGUCGUCAGCUUCUUCUAGACCUAAAAUUUUCUAUCAAAUAAUCAAAAAAACGUUUUUUUAUUCGAAAAAAAUAAAUAGCAACAGUUAGCGAAUAAAAAAAUAAAAAAAGAAACAAAAAUAUAGAAUUUUUUUCAGUUCACCAAGUUUGUUUCUGUAGAAUUUCAUCGUCAUACUAAGUGUAAAAAAAUUGCAAUUAUUCGCGAAUUCUCGCAGAAAUUGAGCCGAAAAUUGAUGGGAAAAAGGGCCAAUUGUAGACACCCCAAGCGUAUUUCUCAAUACCAUCGAAACCGUAUGAUUUCAAUUUUAAUCGACAGCUCGAAUCGUCUAAUUCAUAGUAACAAUAGACUGAAGAAACAGAAAAACUUCAAAAAACAAUCAAAGAAAAAAAAUUGGCGCAAAAAAACGAAAGCUUUGGCAAGGAUCUGGAGUUCUCACAGUUUUUAGGGCGUGCCCGUAAAGCCAAUGCGGCGCGGUUGCGAAAUAAUGUGGAUUUACGCAUCUGAAAAAAAAUUGCUUUUUUUUUAUUCAUUUUACAAGAAAAACUGAAACCAAAAAUUGAAUAACUUUUUUGUGUUCCAGUUGCACAAAGACAGUAUUUUCAAUGAAGUAGAUUAAAAGCGUGAAUUUUUGAAAAUUCUUGAAAUUUGAUUGGUUGGACUUGGAUAUAUCAUAUUGAGUGUGAAAAAAAGAUUAUCAGAAUUUUUUUAAAUAUUCGAUGUUAUUCAAGUUUUUCAUCAAAUAUUUUUUUGAAUUUAUGAAGUGCGUUUCAUCUUGAAGGUUUCAGCUUUUUGAAAUAUAACUUGAGAAUAAUUAUGUCGAAUGAUGAAAUUAAAAAAAUAACAAAGAGAUUUUUUUGAAAAAAAGCUUCAGCAAUUUCCUCAAUCAGUCUAAUACGGCGUGAACUGGAAAAAUUUUCAGAAUGUCCAAAAAUUUCGAAACUUGAAAAAAAGUUCAAAUCUAGAACAUUUUAAGAAACCUUUCUAGUGAAAUAGAUUCCGCCUCUUAUCUUUUUUUUAAUGUUUCUAAAUUUGGAUUUCAGUAUAACGAAGAGGAGGAGGAAGUCGAAGACGAAGAGGAGUAUGAAGAAGAAGGAGAAGAUGAGGAAGAAGGCGAAGACGAAGAAGAAGACGAGGAAGAAGCCGAAGGCGAAGAAGAGGCCGAAGGCGAAGAAGAAGACGAAGGCGAAGAGGAAGAUGAGGAAGAAGGCGAAGACGAAGAAGAGGAAGACGAGGAAGAAGAGGAAGAAGAGGAAGAGGACGACGAUGACCAGUCCGGUCCAGCCGUCCAGCCUGCCGCAGCCCCUCCACAAGCUGCGGCAGGUGCUGCCGGACCUGGUCAAGCCCUCCGUCAGCCCGCUCGUCAGGUAACUAGCAAAUUUAGUGAAGAGAAAAUGAUUAUAAAGUUUUUUUCCCUUUAUUAACUAAUAUAAAAGUUUUAAAAAAGCAAAUUCCCGUUUAACCGAGAGUUUUAUUGCGCAUUUUCGAAGCAAAUUUUCGACUUGAACUACAAAAAAAGCAAAAUUUUCUUAAGUUGCAAAUAAAAGUCGAAAACAGAAAAAUAUAACGGAUAUCCGGAAAUUCAAAGAUGAUUUUGAACUUCGCGAAAAUAACUUUGAACACAUCAUGUGCGAAAGCGCCGCAGUGCAUGCACACGACACACUGAACUUUACAGAAAAAUAUGAGUUUCGUCAAAAAAACGCCGUGACUAAAAUAAUCCUUGAUGAACCCGAUAAAAAUCCGAAAAGUUCCAAUUUCUCCAGAAUUUUUGAGAGUAAGAGCCCUUUUUUCUCGGAAAUCAGGGUCUAGUGUGUGUUUUUUUAAGAAUACGCUGUGCCAUAUUAUUUUUUUCGAAUUGACGCAUAAAAAAAUGGACCUGUUUCAGCGCGCCAACCCCGUCUUUGGCCCCUGCUCAGCGUGCCUCCAGACGGCAGAGGGGCUUGGGCGUUGGCCAGGCCGUCCGCCGGUCGCCACCAACCCUGGCCGGUCUUUUCUCCGGCCCAGCUCCUUGAGCACAUCAGAAAGGAGCUGGAGGACAGGCUGGUGGAUGGGGGCACCGGCGACGAGGAGCUCCGGAGGAUCGAGCGGCUAUCCUCGGCGAUGACGUCGCUCACCGCAAUUGAAAAUGGCCGCCGGGUCAAUGGAACGCAGAUGGCCAGGAUUUUGCGGAAGAUCCAAAUGGCAUACUGA